AUGGGUGUUGCAGUUGGAGGAUACGCAUGGACCUGGAUUCUGCUGCUUUGGGACUUGUCUACCGGGCAGAUUGUAUAUUCGGUUUCGGAGGAGGUGAGCAAAGGUACAGUAGUUGGGAAUAUAGCAAAGGACUUGAACAUGAAUGUACAGGAACUGCAGUCACGCACGUUUCAAAUCGUAUCCGGAUCUAACAAGAAGUACUUUGAUGUAAAUGUAAAAACCGGAGACUUGAUUGUCAACGACAUAAUUGACAGAGAGCAGAUUUGUGGGACUAAUAGCAAGUGUGCCUUAAAGAUAGAAGCCCUGGCUACAAACCCACACGGCCUGUACAGAUUUCAGAUAAAUGUUUUGGAUAUAAAUGAUAACGCACCAAGAUUCCCGAUUAACACUCAAACAUUAAACAUAACGGAAAACGCGAGUCCUGGAGAGAGACUGCAUCUGCCUGUAGCAGAGGAUCCUGAUACAGGAAGUAAUUCUGUUAAAAGCUACACGCUAAGUCCUAAUGAAUAUUUCGCUUUAGAAGUACAGAGCGAGGGAGGACAGGGUCUAUCCGUAGAAUUAGUGCUGCAGAAAGCAUUAGAUCGAGAGAAACAGUCUGCUAUAUCGCUUGUACUGACUGCACUCGAUGGGGGCAAACCUACAAAGUCUGGAACUUUAGACAUUUUGAUAAACGUUUUGGAUGUAAAUGAUAACAACCCUGUAUUUGGUAAAUCACUUUAUAAAGUCCAGGUCGCAGAGAAUGUUUCUUUUGGAACAGUGUUGACCUCUGUCACUGCUACUGAUGCAGAUGAGGGUUUGAAUGGAGGGAUUCGGUAUUCUUUAAUUGGUCAUAGAAAUUCUCAAGCUUCUGAGAUGUUCAAUAUAAAAUCAGAUACUGGAGAGAUAAAAGUGCAAGGACAACUUGAUUAUGAGGAAAACCCUGCCAUUGAAUUGAGAGUUCAAGCCACUGAUACAGGUUCUCCACCAAGGAGCUCACAAUGCAAAGUUUUAGUGGAGGUAAUAGAUGUGAAUGACAAUGCACCUGAAAUAACAGUGACACCACUCCUGCAGACUGUCAGAGAGGAUACCAAGCUUGGCACAGCUGUUGCCUUAGUUACUGUAUCGGAUGAGGAUGGAGGAAAAAAUGGAGAUGUGCAAUGCGUUGUCAAAGGCACUGUUCCAUUCAAACUUGAAUCUAACUAUGAAAAUUAUUAUUCCUUGGUGGUAAAUGGAAAAUUAGAUAGAGAAAAAGACUCUGAUUACAACGUCACUAUCAUAGCCACUGAUAAUGGGUCCCCCUCUCUCUCCACUGCUAGUGAUUUUGUAGUUCACAUUUCCGAUGUUAAUGAUAAUGCCCCUCGCUUCCCAGAGUUCCUGAUGAACGUUUAUAUGAAGGAGAACAGUCCUGUGGGAAGCGUCAUUGCGACAAUCAGUGCUUACGACCCAGACCUUGAGGAAAACGCAAAGCUAUCUUACUCAUUAAUUGAUGAUAAAAGUGCCAAUAUGCCUAUAUCAACCUUGUUGAACAUUAAUUCUGUAACUGGUGAAAUAUACAGCCUGCAGUCCUUCAACUACGAGGAAAUUAAAAAGUUUAAUUUUCAAGCCCAAGCUUCAGACUCUGGUGUUCCUGCAUUAAGCAGCAAUGUGACUGUACAUGUUCUCAUCUUAGAUGAAAAUGACAACAGCCCCGUUAUUCUCCCGCCGUAUUCUGACCAAGGCUCCGUGAACUCUGAGAACAUUCCCUACUCUGCUGAAGCGGGCUACUUUGUGGCCAAGAUCAGGGCUGUGGACGCGGACUCUGGCUACAACGCGCUGCUCUCUUAUCACAUCUCUGAACCCAAAAGCACAAACCUGUUCCGAAUCGGAACCACCUCUGGAGAAAUAAGGACCAAGAGACGGAUGAGUGACAAUGAUCUAAAAACACACCCAUUGAUCAUUACUGUGUCUGACCAUGGAGAACACCCUCUUUCUGCGUCCGUCUCUUUUGAUGUUGUGGUGUUUGAAAGUGCAGUUGAUAUACCAACAACUCUCAGAAAAGUUCCACAGAAGUAUGAUGGAUUUUCUGAUCUAAAUCUCUACUUGCUCUUGGCCAUUGCGUCAGUAUCGGCCAUACUCCUCAUCAGUUUCAUCACUUUAAUAGCAGUGAAAUGCCACAGGACUGAUGGUAUUUUCAGCAGCUGCAGCGCCCCCAUGAUCACCACUCACCCAGACGGGAGCUGGUCUUACUCUAAAACUACUCAGCAGUAUGACGUGUGUUUUAGCUCAGACACACUCAAGAGUGACGUAGUAGUGUUCCCAUCACCAUUUCCGCCUGCGGACGCCGAGCUAAUAAGUAUUGAUGGAGGAGACACUUGUAAACGGACACAGACUCUACCCACUACUCAGAAGUCGGCAAGCCUGUUUGUUGCUCCUAACACCUCCUGCCUGCUGCCCGCUGCCUGUCACGCUUCCAAUGGCCGCGGCCCCACGCCCCAGUCAUGCAGCUGUCAGUGA